AUGAACUACUUCACUGAUAAAUUUACACUACUGGCAGUAAGUGACACAAGCGUAUUGCGACGCUAUCCUAGGCGUGCACUAGUGGCAGUCGACGCAAUAUAUUGUACUUAUCAUUUACGUUUACCCCCACGACCAAAUAACUACAUCUACAUUACCUUUCAGUCCGUACUUCUACCGAUGCUACGCACUCUACCCGCUUGUCGCGUUGCGUUCUUGCAAAUCGUCAGUUCGCAUAGUUGUAGAACUUUCAGCUAUGCGUAUAAAACCAACGGGCGCAGGAGCAAGCAAGCGACAGAGUGCCUUGUGAGAGCUACUUUUUGCAGUCACUUAUCAGACCACUAUUGAAAACGUGUUGGACGUCGACCGUGUAUCCUAAUCCUCCCUAGCUUGCUCAGUAAAAUAUUUUUCAUUUGUCCCAACUUGAAAACGAUUGCGAAGCUGCAGGUUGAAGUGAUAAGUUUACAUCUAUAAUCAACAUCUACUCCGAGUCCAAGAACGCAGAAGUACAUGUAAUAUUCAAAGCAGCAGCUGCUAAAUAAAUUGAUAGAUUUGACAAGGGACGACGAGCUCGUGCGCCAUUGUCAUCGGCGAUGAGCACAAUAGUGCCUUGUGCCUUGUCUGUAUGUGGAGCUAGUCCUUGGGGUCGUAUCACCGGCAUUCUGGAUGACUGGAGGACGACACUGCUCACAUUUUGAUUGCGAAAACGACGGACGAAGCACGCAGAUAAUGACUGAGCAAACAAUAUUGCCUCUAUGAAUUUUUGUGAGAAUGUAUGACUCUAGCAGUACCAGAGGUGUUGAAGAGCGAGAGCUACUCGGAUAUCAACCUGUAGUUGAUAUGCUGACCGCUUCAGACCCUCGUGUUGCUAGAGAAAAUCAAUUUUCCUGAAACCUAGUCCAGAGCUUUCUUUUCUACAUUAGAUGAAGCAACAUCAGUGACUCAUUAUUGAUACCGGUGAGCACCAAGAGAUAUCAAUCUGCUUUACCUUUCCACCCUCGCAGACAUUUUCCUGGAGCUGUCUUUUCGCUG